GUUUGUUUUUCAAUUUCCCUCUUUUCGAGGACGUCUGAUUGCGAGGGAUGCAGAACGCGAUGGAGACGGAGACGGAUACGGAGACGACUGAGGUGAAGAGAGUCUUGUCACGCUUCAAGUCAGACACAGGUGAAGUGCUACCCGGAGGUUUGCUUGAUCUACCGGUUGACAUAACCGUCGACAAGUUGCAACUGAUUUGCAACGCUCUUCUCCAAGAGGAGGACCCCGUACCCUUGGCCUUCUUUGUAAACGACACAGAGAUCACUGCUUCGUUGGAGAAAUGUUUGGAAAAAAAUUUCAGCACCAGCGAAGAUGUUGUCGAUAUCGUCUACCAGCUUCAGGCUGUCUUCAAAGUCAGAGCUGUAACCAGGUGUACCGGAUCUCUCGAAGGACAUAAGGAAGCGGUGAUAUCGGUAUCGUUUUCACCAGAUGGUCAGCAUUUGGCUAGUGGUUCGGGUGAUACAACGGUCAGAUUUUGGGACAUCCAUACUCAGACUCCACACUUUACUUGCGAAGGCCAUAAACACUGGGUUUUGUGCAUAGCGUGGUCACCCUGCGGUAAAAAAUUGAUAUCUGCAUGCAAGAAUGGAAGCAUAAUAAUGUGGGAUCCUGAGAGCGGUAAACAAGUGGGAAAGACAAUGAAUGGGCACAAGAUGUGGGUUACGUACCUCAGCUGGGAGCCUUACCACAGCAACCCCGAGUGCCGAUUUUUUGUCAGUUCUUCCAAGGACUGCGACUUGAGGAUAUGGGAUUCGAAGCUUGGACAAACUUCCAGGGUCUUGGCUGGUCACACCAAGAGUGUGACGUGUGUCAAAUGGGGUGGCGGUGGGCUGAUAUACUCUGCAUCACAGGACAGAUCUAUCAAAGUUUGGAGAGCCACGGAUGGGAUAUUGUGCAGGACACUCGAGGGCCACGCACACUGGGUGAAUACGCUGGCAUUAAACACCGACUAUGUUCUCAGAACUGGUCCGUUUUACCCGCUGGAAACGUCGGGUGACCUCUCGCUUUUGGAACGGGCAAAAAAACGAUACGAGGCUGUGGGGCAAGAGAAACUCGUCUCUGGCUCCGACGACUUUACUCUAUUCUUUUGGAACCCAGACAAGGAUAAAAAACCAAUUACUCGAAUGACUGGGCAUCAGCAACUAAUAAACGAUGUCAAGUUCUCUCCGGAUGGCCGCCUCCUGGCAUCCGCCUCUUUCGACAAGUCAAUUAAGUUGUGGGAAGGAAGUUCUGGGAAGUAUAUCACCUCGCUUAGAGGACAUGUUCAGGCUGUCUACUCUGUUUCUUGGAGCGCCGAUUCCCGGUUACUUGUUAGUGGUAGUGCCGAUUCGACUUUGAAAGUCUGGAGUAUCAAAACUAAGAAGUUGGCUCAGGAUCUACCUGGACAUGCGGACGAAGUUUAUGCCGUCGAUUGGUCGCCUGAUGGCCUCCGGGUUGCUUCUGGAGGGAAGGAUAAAAUAUUAAAACUUUGGCAGAAUUGAUCGCACACUUUGUUCUCAUGACCUAGACCACCCGUAUCAUCCCUCCUCCCCAUUUAUGGAUGUGUUUGUACAUAUACGAUGGUUAAGCGGGUAAUGAAAUGCAAUUUUGAUAUCACCAAUAUUGCACUCUGCGAGGUUUCAUUUUAUCCGUAAAUACGAUAUGUGCUCUUUUCUUUUGAAUAGAUCAUCAAUAUGACUGUUCGAACGCGUGCGUGUAUUUUUUCUAUCACAGGAUGAAAUUUUAAUUGCAUGCAUUUGUUUUCCAUAUUGUUGAAAGAAAUAGUUACGAGUACUAGAUUUAUUAUUACAUUUUUCAAUGUACCAAAAAAGAAAAAAAGAUGGGAGAAAGAAGAAUAACCCAUAUAAUCAAUUUUUUUUACCGCGGAAGAUGAAAUAAACAAUAGAAUAAUAGUAAUGAUGAUGUGAUCCUGAACAGGGUAAUUUCAUGAUUUUUUAUUUCAUAUUUCAUUAGUUGAAGUAAAAAAAAUUUGGGGAUACUUUUUCUUUUUCCACUGAAAAAACAAAACUGAAGCAGAUACAACGAGUUUUAAUAUUGAACUUUGUAAUUUCAAUCAUUUUAAAGUAUAUAUUUAUAUAUCUAUAUCAAAAACAGUGAAAUUCAAUUGCAUAUAACUUUCGCGAUUAGCAUUUUUAACAGGAAUGAAAAAAUAUGACCAUAUUAUUUCUAAAUACUUUUCUGCAUGCACAUAUGAGAAUCAGAAAUUGUUCUUACAACGUCAAAAUGUGAAUGUCUAUUCUAUUCUCUUACGAAUUAUUCUUGUCACCUUGAUUCUCGCAGCAUUAUUUAUACGAGCGCAGUCUAUGGCGUACAUAAACAAAGCGGAGAGUCUCUUGAUCGAAUCUAACACUAACAAGUCCGAGAUGUUUAAGUGCCAAAACA